CGGCGGGCGGCAGCAGCAGUAGCAGCAGCAGCAGCCACCGAGCAGCAGCAAGGACUCUGGAGUCAGAGUAGGACUGUAGGACCGGAGCCCGAGCGGGAACGGGAGUGGAGCUGGCCUGGGAGACAGCGGAUCCCUCCCAGCACCCUCAGGCCACCCGCUGCCUGCAGUCUCCCUGCCAGACCUCCAGAGAGGAAAGACUCGGGACAGCCAGCCCCAGGUUCCCCCAGCUCUCUCCAUCUGCCUGGCUCCUUGGGACCCGUUCCCCAACCUCAGGAUGGCGUCCUCCGUGCUUGAGGAGGAAGUUCACUAUGGCUCCAGUCCCCUGGCCAUGCUGACGGCAGCCUGCAGCAAAUUUGGUGGCUCCAGCCCUCUUCGGGACUCAACAACACUGGGCAAAGUGGGCACAAAGAAGUCGUACUCUGUGGGCAGUGACCUUUCAGCCCCCAAAGCCAUGGGGGAUGCUUAUCCAGCCCCCUUUUCAAGCACAAAUGGGCUCCUCUCACCUGCAGGCAGUCCUCCAGCACCCACCUCAGGCUAUGCCAAUGACUACCCUCCCUUUUCCCAUUCAUUCCCUGGGCCCACUGGCACCCAGGACCCUGGGCUACUAGUGCCCAAGGGGCACAGCUCUUCUGACUGCCUACCCAGUGUCUACACCUCUCUGGACAUGACACACCCCUAUGGUUCCUGGUACAAGGCGGGCAUCCAUGCAGGAAUUUCACCAGGCCCGGGCAACGCUCCUACUCCUUGGUGGGACAUGCACCCUGGAGGCAACUGGCUAGGUGGGGGGCAGGGCCAGGGUGAUGGACUGCAAGGAACACUGCCUACAGGCCCUGCUCAGCCUCCACUGAAUCCCCAGCUGCCCACCUACCCAUCCGAUUUUGCCCCCCUUAAUCCAGCCCCCUACCCAGCUCCCCACCUCUUGCAACCAGGGCCCCAGCAUGUCCUGCCCCAAGACGUCUAUAAACCCAAGGCAGUGGGAAAUAGCGGGCAGCUAGAGGGGAGUGGUGGAGCCAAACCCCCACGGGGUGCCAGCACUGGGGGCAGUGGUGGAUAUGGGGGCAGUGGGGCAGGGCGCUCCUCCUGUGACUGCCCCAACUGCCAGGAACUAGAGCGGCUGGGAGCAGCAGCAGCUGGGCUGCGGAAGAAGCCCAUCCACAGUUGCCACAUCCCUGGCUGCGGCAAGGUGUAUGGCAAGGCUUCGCACCUGAAGGCCCACUUGCGCUGGCACACAGGCGAGAGGCCCUUCGUCUGCAACUGGCUUUUCUGCGGCAAGCGGUUCACUCGUUCGGAUGAGCUGGAGCGCCACGUGCGCACUCACACCCGGGAGAAGAAAUUCACCUGCCUGCUCUGCUCCAAGCGCUUUACCCGGAGCGACCAUCUGAGCAAACACCAGCGCACCCACGGCGAGCCAGGCCCAGGUCCCCCUCCCAGUGGCCCCAAGGAGCUAGGGGAGGGCCGCAACACUGGGGAAGAGGAGGCCAGUCAGACACCCCGACCUUCUGCCUCACCAGCGACCCCAGAGAAAGCCCCUGGAGCCAGCCCUGAGCAGAGCAACUUGCUGGAGAUCUGAGCUGGGUGGAAGGCCUCCCACCCCAGGGCUCACCUGCCAGUCUCUCUUGGCUCUCUGGACCACUGCUUGACAAUCGCUCUCUUUACCCCACGCAUGCAUCUUUUGGGGAUCUCUCCCUCUGUCUCCCUCCUGGCCAUUCUGAGCCUGGGUAUCUCCUUGCAUGCCUCCUCAUCUCACCUUCUCCCUUCACCAUGAGACUGGCUUUCUGGAAAGUCUCAUCUCAGGCCCUCCCUUUGUGCCUGAUUCCUGCACUCCAGCCUCCUAGACUCUGGCCCUGCUAUGCCAACUCACUUUCUUUCCAUUUGGGCUCCCAAUAAUAGUUCUUCACCUAGCUCCUUGACAUGUAUGUACCCUUUCUGCUUCUCAAGUUUAUUUACUGCUGUCCCUCAGCCUCCAGGCUCCAGUUAGUCUUCCCAGCUUCCCACCAUUGCUUGCCAUUCUCCAGAGCCUUUUUUCCUUUUUACAAACACAAUGAUAAUGAUGAUAAUUUAUUGCCCCCUGGUGGCCUCUUCAUCAGGGACCAUGGUUAGGGGGAUUGGGGUUAGUGACCUGGCCAGAGGCAGGGUGCCAAGAAGGGGGCAGACCAGUGGGGAUCUGAUCCCAAAGAUGGGGUGACCCCAGGGUCAGGGAGGCUGCCCCCAGGCCUGUAUAUUUAACCCCUAUGUACCAGGAGUAAUGAAUAGUAAUAAUAAUAAUUCUAUUUAUGUAAGUUAUGAUGACGGGUCAGGUUGAGUGAGCUGGGGAGGGAAGCGGAUCCAUUUCUGCCAGAAAAUUCUAGCCAAAUGCAUCUCUGUAUAGACAAAAUGUUAGUGGAGAAGGCCUUGUUAAUAGAAUAUCUAUCAUCAGGAUCUCAGUCGAUGGGGUUUCUCUUUUAAUGAAGUCUCUACACAUUGGGUUAGCUAGAUCUCUGCUAAAGAGUUGAUGGGGUAUUUCUUGAUUAGGGGAUACUUAAUAUCCCCAGCCCCAGCCAGAAGCUGUGAAACCUCAAGUCCUAUGGAGGGGAGAAGGACUGGAAUGUACCCCAGCUCCCUUGACCCCAGAGCAGGCUCUUACACUGCCCCUCCCCUUAGACACCAUGACCCCAUCAGGUCAAUCCCCUGUUGCCAUGGUUAUGGAGGUCUGCAGCUGCCAUCUUAGACGUGCUCUUUGGGGAAGUCCAUCUAACAGGAGGACAUUGGUUUGGAGGUGCACCUCCUGAAGAAUGGGUGGGGAAGGCUUUCUCUGGGAUCAAAUUCAAAUAAAUCAAGUAUUUAUUGAGUGCCUACUCUGUGCAAGGCACUGUGCCAGACUUGGUGCCUGGCAGCCCUGAGAAAGAAGAACUUACAGGGCUAGGAGGACAGAGGCUCCCGAGCUGAUCUGGGAGUGCACCCACGUUCCCCCACCCUGGUACUUCCGAUGCUCCCACCUCCACCUCCAGUGACUUUUAAAGCCGCUUAGUGCCUUUCCUGUAACUUUGGAUCCUCCUUUUCUGUCCCCUGCUGUCUCAAGGCCCCAAGUUAAAGGGUUAAAGCCGCUGGAGCUUGGGGAGAGAACAUUGUGGAAAGGAAGGGAUUAUGCCCUUUGUGGAAUCUUUCUUUUUUUUUUUUUUAAUUUAAUAAAUAAAAGUUGGAUUUGAAA